GCGAUCCGGGUUGGAGGAGCUGGGGCGCCCCGCCGUAGCAGCCGCCGGGGAAAAGCCUGCUGGAGGUGAUGCUUCUAUAAAGCGAAGGAGAAGAGACGGCGUGAGAAUGUCAGCCCUCAAGUGGCAGCCGUUUGUGUACGGGGGGCUGGCCUCCAUCACGGCCGAGUGCGGUACAUUUCCAAUUGAUUUAACCAAGACCCGGCUCCAGAUUCAAGGCCAGACGAACGAUGCCAACUUUAAAGAAAUUAGGUAUCGAGGAAUGUUGCACGCACUCGUGAGGAUAGGCAGAGAAGAAGGGCUGAAAGCGCUGUAUUCAGGGAUUGCCCCCGCGAUGUUACGCCAGGCGUCCUAUGGCACCAUCAAGAUAGGCACUUACCAGAGCCUGAAGCGAUUAUUCGUUGAACGCCCGGAAGAUGAAACCUUACCCAUAAAUGUCAUAUGUGGAAUUCUCUCUGGAGUCAUAUCCUCAACCAUUGCUAAUCCAACUGAUGUUUUGAAAAUCCGGAUGCAAGCACAAAGCAACACCAUUCAAGGAGGCAUGAUAGGCAACUUCAUUAACAUUUACCAGCAGGAGGGAACAAGAGGACUGUGGAAGGGUGUAUCCCUUACUGCUCAGAGGGCUGCUAUUGUUGUUGGUGUGGAGCUACCGGUCUAUGACUUCACCAAGAAGCAUCUGAUUCUCUCGGGCCUCAUGGGAGACACUGUAUAUACUCACUUUCUCUCAAGCUUUACCUGUGGUCUGGCCGGGGCCCUGGCCUCAAACCCUGUUGAUGUUGUGAGAACACGUAUGAUGAAUCAGAGAGACCUUCGAGACGGCAGGUGCUCUGGCUACACAGGUACCCUGGAUUGCUUGUUACAGACAUGGAAGAAUGAAGGGUUUUUUGCUCUAUAUAAAGGGUUUUGGCCAAAUUGGUUGAGACUUGGUCCUUGGAAUAUCAUUUUCUUUGUGACAUAUGAACAGUUGAAGAAACUGGAUUUGUGACAAGACAAGGCUGCAUGAGACAUCCCUCUGAAAAUGCUAACUUCUGAAACAGUAAAGCUUCCUGUGUUUCACUCUGCUUCUCACUGCUUGGCUCGUCACAGAUUCCGGGGUGUGAGCAACACAUGAAGACUGAGUUAGUGCAGAUUGCUGUGUGUUGGCAUUGGAUGCUCUUCAUCAAACAUUUAAUGGCGUAAACUGUAACAUCCAAACUCUAGUCCAUUGAAGCGCCCUUCGACAUCAAAGAUAAUAUAGGAUAAUAUAUGAAAUGCACGUUACGUUUCUUGCUAAAGAAAACUUGCAAGAAAAUCUGAAGCUAUGUGCUGUUUUCUCCAGGGAGAAUAGCCCUGAUAUAUCCCAGUUCGUAGCUGAGAAUAUCAGACUGCUCUAAAGAAGCUCAUCAGAACCAUGGAAUGGAGUCUCCAAGAGGGUAUUAUUGUUGCUGAACUUCUGGGAACAUUUGCUUCUUGUCAGUGGAAGAAAUACCUUGGGUGGAAACCUGUACUUUUCAACCCCAGGUAUAAACAGUGCAGGAAAUAGAUCCUUGGAAUAUUGCACUGCUUUAUAAUUUCCUAUUUUGGCAGGAUCUUUCACUUAUAAUAAGUGAUUGUAAGUCUUUGAAGACUUGACCUUUGUGAGGAAUUGUUACACUGUAUCAAUAUCUAAAUUCAUGGUGAUGUUACGUGUUGGCUUUGAGGGUUGUAAGGUCUGUACUGGUGGGAAGUAUUUUCAAACAGCUUGGAUUCUGACUUAGGUAAUAUUAGUUAUUAGCUCUAUGCUUUUUGUUCUUUGGGUUUUUUUUUUUUUUU